AUGGCUCUGAGCUCUCGAGCGCAAGCCUUCUCCGUGGAGGCCUUGAUGGGGAGACCCAGCAAAAGAAAAUCUCAAGACUCAAGAGAGGAAAUGCAGCCUGAGCUGCAGGAGGAGCGGUGCAUAGAGAAAGAAAAGGAGAUGUCGAGUGCUUCUGGGGACAGCCAGCAGCCUGCAGAAAAACGACCCAAGGCAGAAUCUUCAAAAACUGCUUUCUCCUGCUCUGGCGGCAAGAACAGCAGACAAGAAAGUCUGCAAGAAAAAAGUAUUAUCCAAGUGGAGCUUCAAGGAUUCGACUUAUGGAAGAGAUUCUACGAUAUUGGGACUGAGAUGAUCAUCACCAAGGCUGGCAGACGUAUGUUUCCUUCUGUUCGGAUCAAGGUGAAAGGGAUGGACCCAAUGAAGCAGUACUAUGUGGUUUUGGAUAUUGUGCCAGUGGAUUCCAAACGCUAUAGGUACGUGUAUCACAGCUCACAGUGGAUGGUAGCUGGGAAUAGUGACCAUUCGUCCAUCACUCCCAGAUUCUACGUUCAUCCAGAUUCCCCUUGCUCAGGAGAAAACUGGAUGCGUCAAAUCAUCUCCUUUGAUCGAGUGAAACUUACAAACAAUGAGAUGGAUGACAAGGGUCAUAUCAUUCUGCAGUCCAUGCAUAAGUACAAACCCCGUGUGCAUGUGAUGGAGCAGGACAGCAGGACUGACCUGUCCUUGAUUCAGCCCUUUCCUACUGAAGGAGUUAAAACAUUCUCCUUUAAAGAAACUGAAUUCACUACCGUGACAGCUUACCAAAACCAGCAGAUUACCAAACUGAAAAUAGACAGGAAUCCAUUUGCCAAAGGAUUUAGAGAUCCUGGGAGAAACAGGGGUGUAUUGGAUGGGUUUUUAGAGACCUACCCAUGGAGGCCUACUUUCAGUAUAGAUUUGAAAACUUUUGCUGCAGACACACAAAGUGGAAGCAGUGGCUCAUCUCCAGUGACCUCUAGUGGAGGAACUCCUUCUCCUCUGAACUCCUUACUUUCCCCAUCUUGUUCCCCACCUCUGGUUCACAUACCUCCAAGCUCCUUUGCAGUCACAUAUCCAGAGGCAUACCUGCCCAACAGCAACCUACCCUUCUGCUAUAGAAUUUGUUCAACUAAUUUUUGGCAACCACAACCUUUUGUCCUACCUACUCCUGAAAGGCUGCCGAGCUACACCAGUCCUCAGUCUUUAACCCCAUUCAUAAUGGAAGUGCCCAUGGUAUCUUCCAGAGGCAUCAUCUAUUCGAACAAUAGCUUACAUGAAGACUGCAAUGGGCAGUGCCUACAAGAGUCUCAUUCUGCCAAUAAAAAAUUAUAUGGAUUACAGAAUCCUGGAAACAUUUUCCAGCCAAACUCCAUUGCUCACGAAGAAUUCAGUUGCCCUUUUCAUCCUCAUAAUGGCUGUUGUAGUUACAACUUCUCCAUGGCACCUAGACUGGAAAAUUCUGCCAAUCACCUCAGUGAAAAUGUCAGCAGUCAGAUUUCUUUUGAAGAAGACAGAUGUGGUCAUUCCCAUUGGUACCCUGCAAGCAACCAUUGCCUUUAA